AGCAUGUUAGCGCGGUCUGCGUUCAUACGGAACUAUAACAUUUCAUGACGGGGUUAACAUCCAAACAACAGCUUCAUUUGUGGACUCGGUUGUGGAAGUUCCUCUAGGUUUUGUGGACUUUUUUUUGUGGACCUCGGUAGAAUAUUUUUUCUUUAUUAAAAACUGCACCAGAAAAAGGCAAAACAUUACCGGGACUUGCGCUGGGAAAGGCCCGGGCGGACUGGGCUUCCCAUUCAAGGACACUUCAUCACGGACAUGCCUGAUUUACACCGGUGUAUCAGAACACACUGAGAAACACGAACUCUCUGGAUCUGUUCUUAUUCCGUGUGUUUUGUUGGACUGUAAAGAACUGGGCUUCUCUGGCCUCGAACCUCGGGCAUUUUUCGUUAACACGGACUCUGUCGUCAUCUGAGAGCUGAACCUUUCCCCUUAUUUUAGCCCUUUCUUUGUCCAGAGUUUGUUUCUGCGAAUAUAAAGAAGGUUAUAAAUUAAAGUCACCACAUUUAGUCACAUGUGUUCAGUGUUGUAGCUGUUUUGCUUUCAUGUCAUAAUAACAGGCCUGUGUUUUUUUCCCUCCCACGUGUGCUUGAUUGACCUUUAAUAACUGCUUCUUUAGACCUGUGAAAAUGUCGUGUGUUCACUAUAAGUUUUCUUCCAAACUGGACUACAAUACAGUCACUUUCGAUGGGCUGCAUAUCACCCUCAGCGAGCUUAAAAGGCAGAUUAUGGCCCGGGAGCGGCUCAAGGCCACGGACUGCGACCUGCAGAUCACCAACGCGCAGACUCGUGAAGAAUACACAGAUGAUGAGGCCCACAUCCCAAAACACUCAUCCGUGAUUGUCCGCCGCACUCCGAUUGGGGGAGUAAAACCAGCUGGCAGGACGUUCAUUGUAGAUCGUUCUGACACAGCUGUUGUGGGAUCUUCUAGACCCACGGAUUCUUCUCCUUCUUUGUCUCUUGCCCAGCUUGCUAAGACUGCAAACCUGGUUGAUGCAAAUGCAUCUGAAGAGGACAAGAUUAGAGCCAUGAUGUCUCAGUCUAACCAUGAAUAUGAUCCAAUACAUUACUCCAAGAAGGCAAUUGGACCCCCGCCUGCUCACUAUACCUGCUUUCGCUGUGGGAAGGCUGGCCAUUACAUCCGGCACUGUCCAUUGCCAGUGGUCGUGGAUAAAAGUGUGGAUGGCCCUAAGCCAGUGAGAAUCAGUAAGGGCAUACCACAGAGCUUCAUGGUGAAAGUAGAACCUGGUGCCAAGGGAGCCAUGUUGACCAGUACUGGAGAAUAUGCUAUACCUGCUAUAGACGCGGAGGCAUAUGCUCAAGGAAAGAAGGAGCGCCCUCCGUUUGUUCCUCAUGACCAGUCGUCAUCCGAGGAUGAUACUGACCCAAUCCCCGAUGAACUUCUGUGUCCCAUCUGCAAUGACCUCAUGACUGAUGCUGUGGUUAUACCCUGCUGUGGGAACAGUUACUGUGAUGACUGUAUCAGGACUGCCCUAUUGGACUCGGAGGAGCACAUCUGCUUCACAUGCAAACAGUCAGAUGUUUCACCAGAUAAUCUCAUUGCCAAUAAAUUUCUUCGACAGGCAGUGAACAACUUUAAGAAUGAGACGGGCUACACCAAACAUGGGCGCAAGCAGGUCCAGAAUACAGCCCCUCCUCCACCACGUCCUCAGUUGGUCAGGCCUCUGCCCUCGAGACAGCAAGACCCUCUUAUGGCUAAUGUUUCUAACCCUCCGACAAGUGCGACCACAGCCGCCCCGAAAGCACCAGCUCCUGCACCCGCACCAACUCCUGCACCAGCUCCUGUUGUUGCAACUCCUAGCCCUCCUCAUUCUGCUGCCAUUGAAGAACAAGUUCCUUCACCAGCCCCUGCACCUGUUGUUGAGCACCAUUCUCCUGUGCAAACACCCAACCACGGGGAACCACCUCCACCAGGGGAGACAGAUCCAGAGCCUGUUGUGAAAAGAGAAUCUUCAGGAACGUCAGAAAGUGCACCGCAGAUUCUCCCACAGAGCUACAGUUUACCAGUUCUUGGCCACCUGCCUCCUCCAAGACUGCACCAUUCAUCAGGGUCACAGUCACGGUCCAACCCGCCUCACAGAGGUGGAAGUAGACACUGGUACAGAAAUAGAGGGGACCCGCCCCCACCUCACAUGCAGGCAGCUCCAGCUCCCGCACCUGCUCCUCAAAUCUACCCAUCUCCCAUGUACCCACCCCCACCACAGACCUACCCUCCUCCAUACAGCUCUGGCUCUGGCCUUAUCCCACAACCUCUCGGUUACCAACCACAGCCCAUUUUUGCCCCUGGACCACCAGGGUUGAACCCUCCCUGGAUUAACCCUGGUGCCCAGCCCCCUCUUCUUCCUCUACCACCAUCCAUGUCGCAGCCCCCCAUGUCUAAGGAGGACUUUUACAGGCAAAGGCACCACAGACUAGACAAAGUUACAUCGAAACUGGAUGAAUUUACUAAAGACUUUCAUGAAGAACUCAUCAAGUACAGAAAUGCACCAAAGAGACGGAGACGAUCCUAUUCCAGGUCCCGGUCAUACAGCCGUUCUCCAUUCAGCCGCUCUCCUUACUCUCGCUCUCGAUCAAGAUCAAGAUCCAGAUCAAGAUCCAGGUCUUUCUCUUUCUCCGCCAGUCGGUCCCGUUCACGUUCACAUGGCCGAUCUUAUCCUCACUCUCCUUAUUCCAGAAGAAACGGACGCAGUUAUGGACGCUCACGUACACGGUCCCGCUCUCGUUCGAGGUCUUACGGCUACCGCCGCUCUGGAUCACCGCGCUCUCCUCCUUCCUUCCGGGGAGGAGGCUGGGACGGACCUGAAGGAGCUCCACCCUACCGGUCAAGGUCACGUUCUCCCGGUGGGUAUCGAAGCCGCAGUCCUGGGGGAAGAAAGCCGCCUCCUCGGGAGAUGCCAAUGUUUGACCUGAAGGGACACAGUCCCGCGGGCCAUGAUCGCUGGGAAAGGGAAAGAUAUCGACAGUGGGAAAGGGAGUAUGCAGACUGGUACAACAAGUACUACAAAGACUUUGACAAUCAGCAUCCUGCACCCCUGCAUCACAGAAGUCAUGGCAGUAGAGACCGGGAGAGGGACAAAAUGUCCUCUUCAUCCAGAGACUACUCGCCUCAGGGGAGAGGGAGACGAGCGAGAGAUGAGAGAAGUGGCCCACCUCACUUUCUCCCUUCAUCCUCCUCAUCAGGGACCAAGUCAAGCACUAAAGUCCUGAAGUCAAAGAAAAUAAAAAAGAAAAGGAGUGGAGAGGAAUCUGAGCCAUCGCAACAUUCACUGGACAGAGGUGAUGCCACUCCUGUCAGAGAUGAACCAAUGGAUGAAAUAUCUUCGCAAAAUAAAACACCUCCUCUAUCCUCAAGGCCUACAGCUAGUGUUGUGACUGCAAAAACUCCAGUAUCGAAAAGCUCCACUGCACCUGUUAAACCCACAAUUAAAUCAACAUCAAAGCCCCAGUCUGAUAAGACGAGAAAAGAUAAGGGUCAGAAGGUAAAGGCUAAAGUUAAGACGGAGGGUGUGAAGGUAAAUAGUGAAAGUGUGAAAGUGAAGAAAAAAACUGGAGAAGGUGUUUUAACCAAAAAGAAAGACCCCCCGUCUUCCACAUCUGUUUCAAAACCAUUAAAGAGCGUUAAAACCAAACCUGACGAUUCUUCCAACUCUACUACGCAUAAAAAGGAGAAGAGCAAGAGCUCCGCUAUGAAGCCGCCUCUGAUGAAGACAUCUCCAGUGUCCAAUCAAAAUCUGCCUGGACCUCAUCCCUCUCACGAAGGCUCAAGAUCCAGCCAUGACAUUCGCAGUAGAAGAGAUCUUCCACAAAGUGGUGGUCUCCUUCCCCUCCCACACCCACCCCCGCUCAUGCCCCGACCUCCAUCCCCGGGCGAUAGUCGUAGGAGGAUGGGUGAGGAGUGUCGCUCUUUACUCGGACCUCCUCCUGGAAAGCUGAGGAGAAUAGAUGGACUAGGGAGUGGAGGGGAUGUCAUCUCUCUCUCACACCUCUCCCAUCAACCCCCCCUACACAGACUUCCUCCCUCUUCUGAUAGGCCAAGUUUUCUUUCCCUCGCUGGGAGUCGUGAGCUGAGUCGUGGAGAUUCAGAUCGAGGAGUCAUAAGACCACUGAUGGACAUUCCGAAGCCAGUGAGGAGGAUCAAGUUGAACAGAGAUCUGGGGAGAAAAAGCAGCACUGAGACCUCAUCCUCCGACCGACCUCGUUCAGGUCCUGAGAAGACCGGCUCCACUUCUGAUCGAUCAGCUCCUGCUAAUGUCUGCGAAGGAGACCGAGUCAGUAAUACAACAGAAGGAGCAGGAAAAAAGGAAUCGUCGUCUGCAGAAAGGGGAGUUUCCCGAGAAAGACCAGGGAGUGCUGGAGAACGACACCAUGGCUCGGACAGAGAAAGAGAACGAGAUAGACGUUCUGGAUCAGACAGAGACAGAGAUAUGGGUGCUGACAGGGAGAGGGAGAGGGAAAGGGUCUCUGGGUCGAGUUUGAAAGUCGUGGUGGACAGAGACACAGAGGGAGAGAGGUCCGCAAAGACAGAAAAAAGGAACUCCAGCAGUGGAAGUGGGGCUGGUAGGUCUGUCUCUUUGGAUAAAAUGACCAUAGCAGAGAAGUCCGCUAUCGGCAGGAGGCAACCGGACCACCAGGAGAAACCAAGCGCAUCAUCCAAGGACAGAGAGGAGGGGUCAGACAGAGUUGCCAAAUCUGACAGAAGUGCAUCCAGUGACAGAACGGAGAAGUCUCUCCCCUCAGGAGAGAAACCAGCUCACAGAGAAGGGGUCAAAUACAGUCAGGAGGCGUCUGUGAAGAACAAACCCAGAAUCAGUCGCAAGGCUCUGACAAGCCAUGCCGCCAGCUCUUCUAGUAGGCAAACUCAGGAGAAAAAGCAGGACUUGGAGAAAGACCAGAAGAGCGUAUCCUCCAAACUGGUAGUGCAGCCCUCGUCCAGCCCCGUGAGCAGCCGGGCUCGCAGCCCGAGUGUCAGCCCCGCUCUCAGCCCGGCCAUGGAGGAGCCGCUCAUCCAGCCGCCCCCGCGCUCCAAGUGGGAGAGAGAAGAUGACGAAGAAGGGCAGGAAGACGUCCCAACUGCCCCCACCAAGGAUCCUUCCCCCGUAUUGCAGAGGAGCCGAGUCAGAGACGUCCACCACGAAGCACCUAAAUUUGUCAGGAGCGAAGGCCGGGAUGUUGGAAAGGAGGACAAAAAAGGGGCGGUGAGGGAGGAGAAAAAGCGAAGACCACUUAGAGAGGAGAAUAAGGGUGACAGGAAUACACAUGCAGAUUUGAACAAACCACAGAAAACCAAAACUGUGAAGGAAGAGGGAAGAGUGGUGAAAGAGGAAAAGAAAUCUGCAAGAGAAGAGGAGAGACGAGGGGGCGAAAGAGAGGAGGGGCGAGGAGUGACGGCAAAGGAGGAGAAAGCAACAGAAAACAGAACGGGAGUGCGAGAAGAGAGCCGAGCUCCAGAGCCGAGGAGACAGCGUCUGUGCUCCGACCUGACGCGCGAGACGGACGAGGCCGCCUUCGUGCCCGACUACAGUGAAGGCGAGGGCUCCGAGCCAGAGAAAGGAAAGAGCGGCAGUCAGAGUCCGUCUGUCAGCCAGGCCUCACACAGCCCGACAGGAAGCAACAGCGGCUCCGCCACCACUACUGACAAAAAGAAGAAGAAACACAAAAAGCAUAAAAAACACAAGAAGCACAAGAAACACGCCACCCAAGACAAAGAAGGAGAGCUCAAGCAGCACAAGCACAAACACAAGAAGAAGAAACAUAAAAAAAGCAAAGAAAAAGUGGGAGAGGAAGAUGGGAAGGAGAAACAGGAAGAAACUCCAUGCUAACAGGCCCAGCCAAGCUUUAUGGUCACAAGCUGUAACCUUGAUUCUAAAGGAGAUCUAUCUAGGAAAAAAAAGGCUAGCAAUUCUGCCUCAUGUACCGCUGGAAGGGAGUGGAUCAAAUGAGCUUUUGACUUUCCCCGACAUUGUUGGAGAGAUGCUUUCCUAAUAUCUAAUAUUUAAUGCUGCUACAGAACUCCAAACUCGCACUGUCUUUGGUACAGCAUCAGGACCGCUGCAGAUAUCUCUGUUUAAUGCCGACCUCCUUGCUUCUUCGGGUUCACAAAACAAUGGAGUGAUGCUGUGAAGCACUAUACUGAUCAACCAUGAGCUGAUGAGAAGGGACAUUAUGACAACUGAUCACACAGCGGUGAAUCUAAAAUGGUAGGAAUAACAAAUAACUGUUCUCAGGGAUGUGAUUGCUUCUUUGUGAGGAUAAGAUGCCGUUUACCUCCUAUGAUUUGUUUGUAAAUAGUGAAUGAACUCUUGCUUCAUAUAAUUUCUCUUGAGUUACCUUUGUUUAUCCCAGUGUGCUUUACAAGGCCUAAAUAUUAAACAUCAUAGCUUUAAAGGAUGUAAACUGUCUUUUUGAUGGACUCUUCUAGUAGCUUUGUAUGUUUCAGCACGUUAACUACAUGUUCUUAUUUCUAAACAUUUUCAACAUUGUAAAUGUUUUUUUUUUAAGCAACCAUCGCUUAAUUUUCCUUGAUUGUGCUUUUUUUUUGUUUUUUUUUGUUUAACAAUCCACUUACUACCUGGAAAAUGUGUAAAUAGUUAAAAUAGCCUAAGAAUAGAAAUGAUUAAGUCAAACAAAUGAUUGAGCUAAAACUUGCAAAAUUGUUGGUUUUGUUCAUGAAACUAAAUAAGGCCCUUUUGUAUUCAGCCCACACUGGAUCUUGUAAAUUGAUACAUUUUAUUUAAUGACGAUUCAGUCUUUAUGGUUUUUUGCUCAAAAAGUGCAGUAGCUGUGUCCUGUUAGUGUGUGCGCGCGCGUGUGCUGGUGUGACAGUGAAAUAGGACGGGCAAGUGACGAGUUAGAGGACAUGUUCUUACAAAUAAGGUGUUUUUUUUUUGUUUUUUUUAAUUAAAAUGUUUUGAGCUCAAA